AUGAAGAGGCAUCCGUUGGUCGUUGUGAUGCUAUUCCUCUCUUUUCUGUUCUUUAGCUGUGGCCGGGGAAGAAGUUCAACGAUCUCGGAAAGCGACUUCGAACUGGAGAGAGAGCUCAAGAUGCUUAACAAGCCCUAUGUCAAAUCCUUCAAGGAUAAUUAUGGGGUAGUUUUUGACUGCGUUGACAUUUACAAGCAGCCCGCAUUCGAUCAUCCUCUCCUGAAGAACCACAUACUACAGAUGCCGCCAAAUUCAAGUUCCGGCACUGGUCUACCGACAACAGGGGAAAGUUGUCCUUAUGGAACUGUCCCGAUACGGAGAACUCUCAAAGAAGAUCUUGUAAUGGGACGUGCACUUCGUCCGGUGUACAAACCAACGUCAACGCAAGACACGAGUGGAAUUGACGGGCAGCAUUUCGCCCAGGUGUUGUUAGAUUGCGAGAAAGGCAAGACAUUCCAGAGCGCGAGGGCUGUGAUCGAGGUGUAUUAUCUCCCUAUGCCGUCAGAUGCUGCUUCCACAGCUCAGAUGCUGGUUGUGGAUGACAGGUCAAGCAAUGUCACCGUCAUGCAAGCUGGAUGGCAUAUCGAUCCUGGCCGCGAAGGCGACGGACAGAGUCGUUUGCUGGUUUUCUGGACGGCUGAUGACUACAAAAAGACGGGCUGCCUGAACAUGCAGUGCCCUGGAUUUGUGGUGGUAAACCAAUAUAUCACCCCUGGGAUGGCCCUUCCAAGUGGAUCGUCAAUUGAUUUAGCCAUCAGCAGGUAUGGCCCGACCGGGAACAGGGUAAUUUUCGUCAACGGAAUGGUGGUCGGCUACUUCCCACCCGCCAUAGUCAAUGGCAUGGACGGCAGCACCCAGGUCCAGGUGGGAGGGAUCGUGUAUGCGCCACCGGGGAGAAAGAGGCCUCCCAUGGGCAGCGGCAUAGCACCGGGGCCCCGCAGUAACAAUGGCGCCGCCAAGUUCAAGGGGGUACAGAUGCGCGGCUGCACGAACUUCAAAUAUAGGGCGACCAAGGACGUCGAGAACUCCAACAUAUACGACGUGAUGGUCACUUCAGCUUCAGAAAAUGGUCCUGAUGGAUUUUCCUUCCAGUAUGGUGGCCCCGGAGAUGCAUAG